UUUUUCUCAAUUGCUAAAACACUAAACCCUAUUGUCUGAACCAAAUGCUCAGUUGCCUGAACCCACUGAUUGAAUCAAUCACUCUUUUGGUAAAACCAUAAGCACUUUUCACCUGUUUAGACACAACUUGCCAACACAUUUUCAUUGUGAUGCACCCGUGCUGCAUAAUGGUGAGCACAGGUGACAAAAGUCAAACACAAUUAAAGCACAGAUGUCACAACUUGAACACAACAACUCAAAAUUGAUCACACUUGUGGCUAAUGAUGUGAGGGAGCAUAUACAGUAAGCCAGUUCAGAGAGCACUGGUUUGUGAGGCCCUACAAUGGAUAGAAAUCUGAGAGGAAGAGUUUGUGUGAGAGGAGGUUGAGGUGGUCGAGCUGGUCAGCGAAGACAAAGAACAGAAAUAUCUGAUGAAAUCAGAGCUACUGUGAUUUACCAUGUUCUUGUCCAUGGUACUGUAUGAGCAUGAGGGAGGCUGGACAAAGGGUACAACCAAACAUCAGUAGAUUCACUGUGUCCACCAUAAUCCGAAGAUUUAGAGAAGAGAACAGAUAAUUACCUUUUUUGACAUUAUAGUACAGUAUGUAAAUGUUGACAGCAAUUCCUGUAUGACAUACUAUAUACUGUACCACAGUAUACUGUAAGUAAAUAUAUGUUUCAGUACAUCACUGUACCAAUAUACUGUAGUAUUGUAAUGGAGGGUUGGUCUAACUGUUUGUAGGCCUAGUAUUCCAUGUAUAUUUUUUGUAACUCCAUGUUCUCUUUUUGUAGAAUUGAAAGACUGCCACAUGGGGGUGGGAGGACUGGUAUGUUCUCCCCACACCAAGAGACCCUAAUUGUUGAUAUGGUCCGUGAGAACAGUGCCAUUAAACUGAGUGAAAUUCAGCAGAAGAUCAUUGAGGACCAUGUCAAUUUUGAGGGUAUCAACAGUGUCAGCCUCUCUACUGUUGAUCGUGUCCUCAAGCGCAACAGACUGCGCAUGAAACAGCUAUACAGAGUGCCCUUUGAUCGCAACUCAGACAGAGUCAAAGAGCAAAGAUUCCAGUAUGUACAGAGGGUUUUUCAACUGGAUGCAAUGGAAAGACCCCAUGAAUACAUCUACAUGGAUGAAGCUGGGUUUAAUCUCACCAAAAGGAGAAGGAGAGGCCGUAAUGUGAUUGGCCAUUGGGCCAUUGUUGGUGUUCCUGGGCAGCGUGGUGGCAAUGUCACAUUAUGUGCUGCCAUCAGCAAUCAUGGGGUUGUCCACCAUCAUGCAGACCUGGGGCCCUACAACACUCACCAGCUCCUCAUUUUCCUCAAUCACAUGCAAGAUGCUCUGUUAGGGCAGCAGGAUGAGCAUCCCAUCUAUGUUGUUGUUUGGGAACAUGUGAGUUUUCACAGAGCCCUCCAGGUUAGAGAGUGGUUCAAUAUGAACCAAGGUUUUAUCAAUCUUUGCCUUCCACUAUACUCCCCUUUCCUAAACCCCAUUGAGGAAUUCUUCUCCUCAUGGCGGUGGAAGGUAUAUGGACGCCAACCUUACACCAGGGUAAAUCUCCUGCAAGCCAUGGGACUUGCCUGUGGUGACAUAGGUGUGGAGGCGGGUUUUUACCCCGUUGCCUGGCCAGACAAAAUGUGGCCUGUGAUGUGGAUGAAGUCCUGUGGCCUGACCCAGUACGGAGACAUGAUGCUGUGGCUGAGUAAUGCACUUAUUUGUUUAUUUUUGUACUUUAUUUUUACAUGGGCUUACUGUACACAAGUGGGAAAUGCAUAA